GGAGAGGGGUGGCCUCCCCGUAAUUGAGGGCCCCAGGACUGGACUAGAGGCUAGCGGGAGAGGGCGGCUGGGCCCUUCCUGGAGGUGCUCCCGCGGCCGGGCGCUGGAGCCUGGCUGGCCAGCUGCCUUUCCCCCAAGUGCUUGUAAAUCAGCACUGAAUAUGAUUUGGAGCAGGAGGCGGGCAGCGGGGGCAUCAGCAUCACCAGCGCCUGCUACUCUGGAGAUGGGGAGGCCUGGGGCACAGCCACUGUAGGAAGGCCCAGGGGGCCUCUGAAGGCCAAUUCAGGCCCCAAACCCUAUGCACGCCUCCCAGCCUGGGAGAAAGGGGAGCCAGAGCGGAGAGGCCGCAGUGCGAUGGGCAGAGCCAAGGAGCCACUCUCCCGGGCAACAGAGACCGGAGAGGCCAGAGGGCAGGACAGCUCUGGGCGGAGGGGCCCCCAGAAGAGAGGUGUCCGAGUCCUCAGGCCAAGCACUGCAGAGCUAGUCCCUGCGAGGAGCCCCUCAGAAACACUGGCUUACCAGCACCUACCCGUCCGGAUCUCUGUGGCUCUGUUUGACUGUGACCCCGUGUCAAUGUCGCCCAAUCCUGAUGCUGGAGAAGAAGAGCUUCCCUUCCGAGAGGGUCAGAUCCUGAAGGUGUUUGGGGACAAGGAUGCCGAUGGCUUCUACCAGGGCGAAGGUGGGGGCCGGACAGGCUACAUUCCCUGCAACAUGGUGGCUGAGGUGGCUGUGGACAGCCCUGCUGGGAGACAGCAGCUGCUCCAGCGGGGUUAUUUGUCCCCAGAUAUUCUCCUUGAGGGCUCAGCCCGCACAACUGGGCCUCCUCCCAAGCCCCGCCGCUCCAAGAAAGGGCCCUCAAGCUGGUCCCCCCUGCUGACCUGAAAGCUCCCUGCUCCAUGGUGGCUGCAUUUGACUAUGACCCCCAGGAGAGUUCCCCCAAUAUGGACGUGGAGGCAGAGCUGCCCUUCUGGGCAGGGGACGUCAUUACUGUGUUUGGGGGCAUGGACGAUGACGGUUU